AUGGCUGAAGGCGGCGACCCACCCGUUCGCAGACAGUACCCACCUCUCACCUCGACCCAAUCCUUUCUUGUUGAACAUCUACUCUUUUUCCCCAGCCUUACAUACGAGAGAGUGUUCCCCCUCGACGAACCGAAAUCCUCCGCUGGCAUUUUGCCACCCGUAGCUUCCCGUAUCCCGAAGCCCAAGGGCGAAGCAACACAUAUCGGUUGUGGUGGAUAUACCCUCCGGGAGGCACUCACUUGGUCUAGCGAUCAAUAUGAGGGCGUAAAGAAACAUGUACAGCAGCUCACCAAGAAACACCUCAAUGUGCAUGAAACCUUCAGCACCCAAAAGACGGAGGACUUGGCCAAAGUGUUCGCUGAGGUGGAUCAUUUUCCCAUAAUCAACCGGUUCUUAGCCGAUACUUCGCACCUGCAGGCCAAGGAAGUGUAUGCUGAGCUUGAUCAAUAUGAGGGUGAUUGGGUCGUAUCUGACUUUCUCCGCAUUUACCUCAAAAACUCCAAGGCUAGAAAGAAGGCAGGCAGAUAA